AUGACCGACUCUGCGAAGCAAGAUUUGGCGUCUGCUUUUCGCCAACACCUACCUGAUCUUACCACACCAAGAUUUACCACAUCGUCGAGGCAAAGUCCCUACGAGUACGUCGAGGCCUUCCAGAACAGCCACAUCCCUCCGUGGCUGUACAACUUGACCGAAGCAUGGAAAGCACUCCUGGAUGAGCCUUACAAGGGCAUCUCCACCGACGGAAGUAUCAGAGAUAACCUCUUCUUCAACGAAGACCUUGGGGUUCCCACUGCGGAGAUUCGGGACGCAGCCAUGACAGUCCUCAACAAGCUCACGCCAGAACAAAAGUCCAAAGUCCAGUAUGCUGUCAAUGCCCGCGAAUGGAGAUGCUGGUCCAAUCCAGAGUUUCUGCUUCGACCCUUUGGACUUCGCUUGGAGGAAUUGUCACCGGAUCUCGUAGAGUCAAUCUUGGGCGUUCUCCAAGCAACAUUCUCUCCUGAAGGGUACGAAAAAGCAAUCGCUGCCAUGCGAGUGAACCAUUUCCUUGGAGAGGUCUGCGGCGUCCCGCGCAUCAUGAAUCAGUUUUCAUACAACUUCCUCCUGUUUGGAGAGCCUUCCGUGGACAAAGCUUGGGGUUGGUCUCUAUAUGGCCACCAUCUGUGUCUCAGCGUCUUCUUGCAAGGCUCUCAGAUUGUCAUCUCCCCCACCUUUACCGGUGCGGAGCCGAAUCUCAUCGAUGCUGGUGAAUGGGCCGGCACAGCCAUACUGCACCGCGAGGGGAAUCUCGGUUUGAAGCUGAUGCAAAGUUUGCCUGCACAAUCUCAGCGGUCGGCGCAGAUCUAUAAGUUCAUGCGGGAUCCAGAUAUGUUGCAAACUGGAGACCUGAAGAUCGRCCGCUGGAACCAGGACGACCAGCGGCAUUUAUGUGGCGCAUUUCGUGACAAUCGCAUAGUACCGUACGAAGGCAUCAAGGUAUCUUCAAUGACGCCGGACCAACAACAGCUCAUCCUCGAUGUUGCAGAGGAGUUCCUGUUGUACCAUCCCCACCAGACAAGGCAGAGACGUAAAGAGCAGAUCAAAGAGCACUUUGCCGAGACUUAUUUCAGCUGGAUCGGCGGCUAUGGCGACAACGACCCAUUCUACUAUAGGGUGCAGAGUCCCGUCAUCAUUUUCGAGUUCGAUCAUCACUCCGGGGUCUUUCUUACAAACACUGAACCAGCGAAAUUUCACACUCAUACCAUUGUGAGAACACCCAAUGCAGGCGAUUACGGACAGGCUCUGCGGGCGCCGCAAGACCGUGUGCCUUAG